GAAGAAAACCACGGGCCUUUUUUGGCGGUACCUUGCCAACGGGGGAUUUUUAUUAAUAUCGGGGGUGUGUACACAGUAUAAGAGUUCGGCUCGGAAGCCAUUAAUGGUGGAGCUAGAAGCUCUUGAAGAAGGAAAAAUAUAUAAAACUCUAGAGAGAGAGAGUAUAAUGGGCAGGGAAGAGAGUGAGUUUUGCCUCAUCUUCACAUUGGGGGCACCCCUCCUUUUAUAGGAGGGAGGGGGAGCAUCUUCAGAGGAAUAUUAUCUUAUUCCUCUAUUUUAUUAAACAGGCCUGGUUUGACUGUUCUUCGUAAAAUAAUUGGGAAAUGUGAGCGGAGCCACGUAUUAUUUCCCAUCAAUAAGUCCUCCACUUUUUUAAGUUGUGAGAAUCAUCAACUUAAAAAAGUAAAUAAGUCCUCCGAGCGUAAUCUUCAGUCUUCGUAUUUUGAAUUCUUGACUUGUAGAUAUUAUUGCUAGUCCUCCGAGUCUUCAUUAAGUCUCUAAUUUCUUGAAUCAGAAGUUUUUCCUGCAAAAAUAAUAUGUACAACAUUUUUUUUGACCGGCCUAUGCCGUGCUCAAAUAAUUAGUAUCUUUACCGAGGAGCUCGGUGUUAGAGUGAUUAAACUUCGCGCGAAUAAUUAUUGUAACAAGAGCGAUGUCAGUUCGAUAAAGCAACGAUGCUUCGAGUAGUUAUACGACACCGGAGUUAGUACGAUGAAGCGGCGGUGCUUCAAGUAGUUAUCUCGUCGAGACCGAUGUUAGUACGAAUUAAGUGAGCGAUACAUGACGAAAUUAGUAUACAGACGACAUUGACUUUAGUUAAUAAGAAUUGGGUCACUGCAGCAGCUUUGUUGAAGAUUGAUGCUAGCCUUGCUAAUUGAUGCAAAUACCUUCGUGUCAUGUAGAGACCACUUCCGAAGUACCUUGUUCAAAGGGCCAGGAGAAUCGAGCGUCCCCGAUAAGGGCUCAGCUGAGCCACCGGUGUACCCAAUUCGAUUGGGGUCAGACUUACGAGAAAAUAUGUGCAAGACCGGUGUGUAUAUCAUUCUUGGCCUGUCUCGCGCACAAGAAUGAUAUUUACCAGCGUGCCAGGCCGGGCCUGUGUCACAUAUUUUAAUAUUUUUUAUUAUACUGAGCUAGACCGGUGUAGUAACCAGCGUGCCAGGCCGGGCCUGUGUCUCAGUCUUCCUCUUUUUUUUUAAUACUGAGCAAGACCGGUGUUGUAACCAGCAUACCAAGCUCGGCUUGUGUCUCAGUCUUCCCUCCGAAUUCGUCCACAGGGCAUGUGUAAAUACCCAAAUUAUUGCUCCAUCAUGUUUGGUGCAAUGUAACAUCACUUGUUAGUGGUGGGGCCCAUGAUAAAUAGGUGGGGAGCUUAUCUCUUUCUCCCCGUGAUGUUCAAUGCACUUGCAUCAAAAUGAUCAAUUGGUGGGGCUCUUGUGAAACAUGUGGGGAGCUUUUUUCUCCUUCCUCCGUAAGGCUCAAUGCAUAAUCAAUUAGUGGGACCCCAAAAAUAAUAAAGAGGUUCCACUUGCCAUCCGUUUUUUUUAUUCGGACAUUUCCUUCGCAGCACCUUCCCCUUUUUUGUUGCCCUGUUCUUGUCGUCUUCUUUGUGUAUGUGUCUGUCGACCAGGCUGCGAUUCCCGCCGGAAAAAGAUGAUGCCCGUCCUUGGUCUUACUCUGUCGUCGGAAUUGAGUAGUCACGCCGAUUGGGUCUCCCCUUGUUGCUUAAGUCUCCUCUGAAGCUUGCCGGAAAUAGUGAGGCGACGGAGGAAGGCUGCUGGAGGCUGGUUCGAGCAGCUGGUUCGUCACCGGAUGAAGCUUGUUACCGACGAUUGGCUGUGCCAGUGGUGGAGAGGCGCGGGUCGGGCCGCGAAAUCUGGGUCGCGCACAGCCUCCCUUUCAUCCCUCGCUAGUUUUUUGUACUAUCAAUGUCGAUGUCUGGUUGCAAUGGAACCAUUCGUGACCAUGGACCUCCGACAUGGCGGUUGUGGCGCCAUGCCCAAAGACAACCACCAAUUUCAGAUCUCUUAACCACGGCAGAAUUUAGAAGCCGUAGAUCAAUGGUAAAUAGGAGCGGCGAGGCGCAAUGCUGGCAGCGGAAUUCCAGGGGCACCAGAUGGUUUUCAGCGAUGGGAACCAAAAACUCUAACGGCUGCGGCGAGUCUGAGCGGCGACGGUGGCGGCUAAUUUGAGCAGCAGUGGCGGCAGUUUUGAGCAGCGACGGCGGUGAGUCUGAGCGGCGACGGUGGCGGCUAAUUUGAGCAGCGGUGGCGGCAGUUUUGAGCAGCGACGACGGUGAGUCUGAGCGGCGACGGGGUCGGCUAAUUCGAGCUUUGUUGGUGGUGGCAAUCACAAGAGUAUCUGUGAUGGAAGUCGUCGUUUUAACACCGGCGACGGGCUUCUAGUCCUCUCCACCUUCCAUUCGGGCGGUGGUCUUCGAGUGGGUUGAAAUUCGUUCAUGGCGAGUGGGAAAGCAGGUAGGACUUCCCCACUGCGGAGUCGCGGACGAUGACGAACUUGAAGAGGUAUUCCUCUUCCUCCCCGCCACAGCCGCCAUAUCGUCUCCAUUCAUAGUGCUGAAUAUCACCCACUACUGGUUUCGGCCACAAAUCUGCCCUUAGUUCCUUGAUUUUUAUAAGAACAAGGUGAACUUACAUGGAAAUCAUGACAUUUUGCUCGAGGUCCCACGGUCGGCGCCAAAAUGAUGGUGUAAAUUAUCGACCGGUAUACCGUUUUUAGCCCGGCUAAAACGAUAAAUUAGUCUAAAAAUACACCAAAAUAUAAACACGGAGAUUUUGACGUGGAAACCCAAAUCGGGAGAAAACCACGGGCCCUUUUUGGCGGUACCUUGCCAACGGGGGAUUUUUAUUAAUAUCGGGGGUGUGUACACAGUAUAAGAGUUCGGCUCGGAAGCCAUUAAUGGUGGAGCUAGAAGCUCUUGAAGAAGGAAAAAUAUAUAAAACUCUAGAGAGAGAGAGUAUAAUGGGCAGGGAAGAGAGUGAGUUUUGCCUCAUCUUCACAUUGGGGGCACCCCUCCUUUUAUAGGAGGGAGGGG